AUGGGUACAAUGAAAUGCGGGUGUCCCUUUGAGUUUAGGGCUCAUAAGUUGAUGGCUGAUGAUGAUUGGAUAGUAGAUGUAGCAUGUGGAAUGCAUAACCAUGCACUUGCUAAACAUUUUGAAGGACAUUCAUUUGCAGGGAGAUUAUAUGAGGAAGAAACAUCAUUAUUAGUGGAUAUAUCCAAAAGCAUGGUCAGACCAAAAGAGAUUUUGGUUACAUUGAAACAAAAUGAUGCUUUGAACGUAACCACUAUGAAAACCAUUUACAAUGUGCAUCAUAGGAAUAAUGUUAUUGAGAAAGCUGGGAGAUCACAAAUACAACAGUUGUUGGGUGAAUUAGAAAAGCAUAAUUACAUUGAGCGCCAUAGGUGUGACAACAACACGAUGACUGUCACGGACUUGUUUUGGGCACAUCUUAUAGUUGGUGUGACAUCCACUGAUAUGUCAUUCGCCGUAGCCUUUCCAUAUCUCCAAUUUGAGCAGAUUGAUAACUACGUUUGGGUGUUAACUACAUUGCGUAGUCUCUUGGAUGACAUUGCUAUUCUUGAGGUGAUUGUCAUAGACAAGGAUCUUGCUUUGAUGAAUGCUAUUGAUAGGGUAUUUUCUACAUCUCGACAUUUAUUAUGUUGA